AAACUUCGUAGGGUAAAGUCUUUGUGGUAUAAACGUGGUAUUUGAAUCUGCGUUGACGUGUAAGCGGCAAAAUAAAGAAUACGUAUGGAAAUACUGUGCCGUAAAUGUGGCAAUGAGUGUGAAACUCUCAAUCGAAGAUGAACGUAAUAAGGGCUCAAUUCAGGGAAACGCAAACCGGACUGACACGAGAACAGAAAUCAAAGUUUUAUGUUUUGACAUUAGCUCAUUGAGUCAAAUUCGGCAGGUUGUGAUAUGCUCCGUAGGAGUUUUUGGAUUUUAUUUGCUGUAUGGUUACCUGCAGGAGUUAAUAUUUACCCUUGAUGGUUUUAAGCCUUAUGGAUGGUAUCUAACCUUGGUACAAUUUGCUUACUAUACUGUUUUUGGAUUUGUGGAAACAUCUGUAAAAAAUGUGACUAGAAAAAUACCAAUCAAAACAUACUUGCUCCUGGCUAUGUUGACGUUGGGCACAAUGGGCUUCUCCAAUUCAUCUCUUGGCUACCUUAACUAUCCAACCCAGGUUAUUUUCAAAUGCUGUAAACUGAUACCAGUUUUGAUUGGCAGCAUACUGAUUCAGCACAAGCGUUAUGGUUUACUAGAUUUUGCUGCGGCUGGCUGUAUGUGCUUGGGUCUGACACUGUUCACUCUUGCAGACAGUCAGGUCUCUCCUAAAUUUAGUGUUCUAGGAGUGUGUAUGAUUUCGUGUGCGCUUUUGUGUGAUGCUGCUAUUGGAAAUGUUCAGGAGAAAUCCAUGAAACAGUACAAAGCAGCAAACAGUGAAGUUGUGCUGUAUUCAUACUCCAUUGGAUUCCUGUACCUACUGUCUGUUAUGUUUUUCACUGGUGAUUUACACCAAGGAAUCAAUUUUUGUUCCCAGCACCCCUUGGAGACAUAUGGCUACGCAUUGCUAUUCUCAGUAUCUGGUUACCUUGGAAUCCAAAUUGUACUGACACUCGUACGCACAAGUGGGGCCUUUGCCGCUGCUACCGUCACCACAUGUCGCAAGGCUGUGUCCAUUAUCAUCUCCUUCAUAUUCUUUGACAAGCCAUUCACAUUCCAAUAUGUAUGGUCUGGCAUGCUUGUUGUACUGGGAAUUUACAUAAAUGUGUACAGCAAGAACAGAGGUAAAACAGACAUUCCAGAACUGUUUGGGAAUGUACAACGAAAACUUCAACAUUUGUUAAUAAAACUGAAGUACAACAAGUACUCUUCUCAUAGCCAUACUUUGGCACAUGUAUGAAGUUUAUUACUAGCUGUGAUAUGUAAGAAUCUCCAGAAGAGUCUCACACAGUAUGAAAGAAUCUCAAAAUAUCUUAGUGUAUGUUUUUGUACAAAGAUUACAA